AUGACUGGAGUCUUUGACAGUCUGGUGGCUGAUAUGCACUCGACCCAGAUCACGGCCUCCAGCACGUACCACCAGCACCAGCAGCCCCCGAGCGGCGGCGGCGCUGGCCCCGGCGGCAGCAACGGCAGCAGCCUCCACAAGCCUCAGGAGUCGCCCACUCUCCCGGUGUCCACAGCUACCGACAGCAGCUACUACACCAACCAGCAACACCCGGCUGGCGGCGGCGGCGGCGGCUCGCCCUACGCGCACAUGGGUUCCUACCAGUACCACGCCAGCGGCCUCAACAACGUCCCGUAUUCAGCCAAGAGCGGCUACGAUCUGGGCUACACCGCCGCCUACACCUCUUACGCGCCCUACGGGACCAGUUCGUCCCCGGCCAACAACGAACCUGAGAAGGAAGACCUCGAGCCUGAAAUCCGGAUAGUAAACGGGAAGCCAAAGAAAGUCCGGAAACCUCGAACCAUCUACUCCAGUUUCCAGCUGGCGGCUCUUCAGCGGCGUUUCCAAAAGACUCAAUACCUGGCACUUCCCGAGCGAGCUGAGCUGGCGGCGUCUCUGGGCCUCACCCAGACUCAGGUCAAAAUCUGGUUCCAGAACCGCCGAUCCAAGUUCAAGAAGAUGUGGAAAAGCGGUGAGAUCCCUUCGGAGCAGCACCCGGGGGCCAGCGCCUCGCCACCUUGUGCUUCGCCGCCAGCCUCGGCGCCGGCCUCCUGGGACUUCGGCGCGCCGCAGAGGAUGGGGGGCGGCGGCGGCGGCCCGGGCAGCGGCGGCAGCGGGGCGGGCAGCUCCGGCUCCAGCCCAAGCAGCGCGGCCUCGGCGUUCCUGGGCAACUACCCGUGGUACCACCAGGCCUCCGGCUCCGCUUCGCACCUGCAGGCCGCCGCGCCGCUGCUGCACCCGACGCAAACCCCGCAGCCGCACCACCACCAUCACCACCACCACGGUGGCGGCGGGGGCGCCCCAGUGAGCGCCGGGACGAUCUUCUAA